AGCCGUGCGUCAUGACGCACGCACGGUGACGCAGUACGGCGCCCGGCAGAGGCAGGCGGGCACCGCCGGGGCAGCGUGAUCAUCUCCUCCGGCUGCCGCUGCGGCGGGAGUGAGCGUCGCCGCGAUGGAGCCGCUGGAUCGCUGCGCCCGGCCCCUGCGCACCGCCCUGGCGCGGAGCUCGCUGCGGCGGUGGCUGCCCUGGGGCCUGCUGGGCCUCAUGCUGGGCGGCUCCCUCCUGAAGGCGCUGGCGCUGCUGCCCGACUCCUACAUGAGCAGCAAGCGCAACCUGCUCAACAUCUAUUUUGUCAAAUUGGCCUGGGCCUGGACAUUCUGGCUGCUGUUACCCUUCAUUGCCAUCACCAACUACUGUCUCAGCCGAAAUGUCCUGGAGAUGCUGCGGCGUAUCAGCACCCUGCUGGUGGGCACCAUGGUCUGGUAUGUCUGCACUAGUCUCUUCUUGCACAUAGAGGAUUUCACUGGCAGCUGCUACAAAUCACCAGCACUUGAUGUGCUGUUCCAGGAGCACCUCAGCAAGUGGCAGUGCCGCCAGGGUGGUGGCUUCUGGCACGGCUUUGACAUCUCAGGGCACUCCUUCCUCCUAACAUACUGUGCUCUGAUGAUUGUGGAGGAGAUGGCUGUGCUGCAUGUCCUGAACACUGAACGGAGCCCACGAUUACAUGCAGUGGUCAAUGCCCUGUUUGUUGCCUUGAGCUUUCUGACCCUGAUCUGGGUCUGGAUGUUUUUUUGCACUGCUCUAUAUUUCCAUGACUUCUCCCAAAAAUUGUUUGGCACCCUAGUGGGUCUAUCAGCCUGGUAUGGAACAUAUAGGUUCUGGUACUUGAAAUCCUUUUCUCCUGGACUUCCUCCCCAAAACGCUAGCUUGAGUUCAAAGAAGCCUAAUUGUAGCAGAUAAGUUUCUGUGUUCAGAUUUUGAUUUAAAUACAGGAAUUUGUCCAAUGCUACUUUUUUUUUAAAUUUAAAUAGUAAAUAGCAUAUUUAAGGGGAUGGGAAGAAAAGCCAAUAGUCUUUAUAGUCUGAUGCCUGACUUGUGGCUAUGAUAUGGUUCCUGGUGAGCAAAUGUUGAUACCACAGAACUGCCUACCGUGAUUGGGUAUAAUUGGCCACCUAACUGAUAUCUGAGCAGAGAGGCCAAGGGUUGGAUCCCGCCUGGAGACUGAAUACUCUUCUCCCUUCCUGUGGGUCCUGCUGGGGCAAGCUUGAGGCCCAUUGGCAAGGUGAUGUAAGGAAAGCCUGCACUGCUACCUAUGCUCUCUACCUGUUCUGUCGAUAAACAGAGGAACCAGGAUUGACAGAGGUCUUUAGGGCUGUCAAGCCAACACCUUUCACUGAUCUGAAAUUCUUCAUUCUUUUCCCCACCCCCAUCUUUUUUUAAGAUAAAAUAUAUCACAUGGUCCAAAUCUUGUGCUAGGUUUUAAGUCUGACUUUUUGAAUACUCUAGUUGUAAACUUUACAAAUGUGCCUGGGGCAGUGUAAUGGUGCUAACUAUUGCAACAGACUUUUAAUUGGCAAUCAGAAUGCACUUAUUAAAGCAGAAUGUAGCUGGGUUGUGAAGCCUCACAUUCUCAGAUUGUUAAAUACUUUCACGUUCCAUAAAUCUUAAUUGGCCAUCUGUAUAUUCAGCAGCGAGAAGAGAGACUUUGUUUUUUGAGACCCAGAAUCUGUUAGGUCAUAGCUUUAAACUGACUGCUACUCUCAAUCUUUGAAAAUGAAUCCCUAAAAAUAAGUUUUAUUGCUUCAGUUGAUUUAAAAAAAAAAAUCGAUUUGCCCCUUUAUUCUUGACACUAAUUGUAAAAAUAGCAAGAUGAUACGUUUUUGUUAAAAUGUGAUAAGACGACUUCUCCCAAUUCUCUGUUAAUUGGCUCGUAAUAAAAUGUUAAUGAUUUAAAAGAUUUUUUUCCCAGAUGUUAUAAGUUGCAAAUUUUGUAUUUGCAAUUAAAAAAAACAUGUUUGAUGUGUUCCUUUCAGACGCCCCGUGGAUUUCUGGCCUCAUGUAACAAGUGCACUGAGUGGACCCACUAUAUUUUGAAUCAUUCUAUUUGUUGGAGAUUGUAUAUAAUAUAGUGUUUGCCAAGGGUACUAUAGCAAUAUGCUUAAAGAAAUAUUUAUUCUUACCUUUUUGUUGGCAUCAAUAAGCUAUUUUAAUUGCAUACUAAGUUGUGGCAAAAAGUGGUAGCCAGUAAAACCCUAUUAUGAUGUACAAAUUGGGACGUCUCUGUUCUAUCCUUCAUGUGAGAUGGACAUUUAGCAUAAUUUUUAGUUUAAAAAAGUUUUAUCUUGUUUUACAAAAGGAUUAUUCAUGUCAGGGAUAGACAAACCAAAAUCAGUUUUAUAGCAGUAAUCAUCCAGCAGGCUAUCAAAAGCUUUUGGUAGCUCAUCUGUAUGUCUGCUAAACUGUAGCUAGUUCUAGUAGCACAGUAAAUGGACCUAAUUUUCUACAUCACUUAAUUCUGAGUUAAGAGUUUUGCUGCCUUUAGGACAAAGGGUUCCAUACCCUGAUCUUAAUAUGUUCAUGUUGCCACCUUAACACUUCUUUCCUAGCCAGAGAGGGAGACAGUCCUGCACAUACAAACAGGUUAAUGUCUCAUUUGGGGCCUGAGCCUUUGAAAUGCUGACUUCCCUCUGUCCCCUUUGAAUCAAGUGAUGGUUGAGGGUACUCGGGAGCUCCCAUAAGGCACAAAGCAGAUCUCAGGAUCAGGCUGUCUCAUGAGAUUCAGCUGUGUGUUUUGGGUUGUUCUUUGGGUAUGUCUACGCUUGGAGACAGAGGUGUAAUGUCCAGCUCCAGGAGACAUACCUGCACUAGCUCUGGUCAGGCUGUCACACUAAAAAAAGAAGUGUAGGCACAGUGGCGGGAGGUGGCAGCAACCCUGAGUACGAUUCUGUCCAAGACUCAUACAUACUCAGGUGGCUAGCUCAACGUGCUGCCGUGGCUACACUGCUAUUUUUAGUGUGCUAGAUCAGUCGGAGAUAAUGCAGGUAUAUCUCUUCAAACUGGAAAUUACACCUCCAGUUCAAAUUGUAGACCUAUCCAUUAUGUCAAACCACCUUUCAGCUGCUUUAUCGGACGCCUUGUCUACAUGACAGAGUUGCAUCCGUUUAACUUAAAUCAAUAUUUAAACUGAUAUAGUUAAACUAAUGUGAAACUCUGUGUGGACACUCUUAUUUAUUAGAUUUAAUAAUAGAUUUAAACAAAAUUGCUAAAAGCCCAGACUUCUGGGCAGACGCAUCCCAAGAUCCGGUUCUUUCCUGAACUGAUGUUUAUUGAUUUUUAUACACCUUUAUACUGACAUGAGAGGCCACAAACGGGUUAUAUCAGUAUUACUGUAUCUGUUUAAAUUAUGCUGGUGUAACGUUCCCAUGUAGAUAAGGCCCGAGUAGAACCCCAGUAUUAUUAAAAACUAUGCAGUUAAACUGACAGGCUUUUAAAGCUUAAAUUAAAAUUAGCUUCCCCUCUAGAAAACACUAUUUUUGUGCAAUCUGUGUUUAUAAACACUUCCAUUCACCUAACCACUGUGUCAUAGUAACUGUUUUUUAUUAUUAUUAUUAUUAUUAUUAUUAUUAAAAUGAAUAGCAUAGGAUAUGGAAAUGCUUGAAACUUUCCUGUAACCUUAGUGCUAGUAUGUUAGACAAAUGUAACUGAUCAAAUUCACCUGGAGGACUUACAAGGGGUUGUGUGGUUGAGGUUCAGUUUCUGGAGCCUCUAAAGAUAAAUUAAGGGCCCACUGCUGCUACUUGUGCCCAUGUAGUUAAUGGGACUACUCGCAUGAGUAAGGACUUAUUCUGGUGAGUAAGUAUUGCAGGAUAAGACAGUUUGUCAUUGAGAAUUCCAGUGGUAUUUAGACAUGUCAAUAGGGCCCAAAUUUUCAAAAAUAUGAGGCAUGAGCAUUCUAACGUGUGUCCACUGUGCAGACUGAUUGUGUAAUUGUCUACACAUAAAUACCCAUUUGAGCAAACUAUCUUAGUAAUACACCUGCACUUUGCGCACCUAGAGUGAAAACUUGGCCCCGUUGAAGUCAAUGGCAAAACUCCCACUGUGGGGCCUGGAUUCGUUCCUAAUAUGUUUGGCGAUCUCGCGGGUCGGUGUCCAGUCUCAGUACAGAGGCCACACGUUUACCAUUGACUCAGAGAGUUCACUUGCUGUGUUCAGACAUUGGAACUUUUCUUUUGUGCCUUUUGAUUGUAUCACAGGCAGAUGAUCCUGUCCUUUUCAUUUUCAGUGUUAAUUUAAUAGCUGUCUGUGGAAUUCAAUGGCAGGAAAUCUUCUGUCCACGUAUUUUUUUUCUCUUUACUUUUUGGGGGGGUAGUUUAUAUUUACCACUGGAAUGAAAAUCCAGUCCCUCCACAUCUGGGGUAAAUUUGCAGCAGAGAAGAAAACUCCACUCUAAACAGCUGGAUUUGAUGUGGAUUGCUGCCAAGUGGACAGAUCUUUUCUUUGAACUUGCUGGAAAUACAUUUGGAAUUUGCCUGAGUUUUAAAAAGUAAAACCUGGAAAAAGUAUUUGAGAGGACAAUAUUCAAAUCUUGUAGUGGAUGAUGAUAUGAAGCAAUUGUAAUCAUGAAAUUGUAACUCAUAACAGCCGAAGCAAUUGUAAUCAUGAAAUUGUAACUCAUAACAGCCUUGUUUUGACUUCCUGAAUUAAAGUCUCUUGUCUAUAUUCA